UAUUUAUUCAAAUGAAUCAAGAAAAAGUGUGAUUUUUCUUCAUAUUUUUCUCUUUUGCAUUGUUUUCUCACAUGGAAAAGAUUUAAUUGGAAGAAAUCAUACUUUUUAGAAGUAAAUUGAAGAGAUCAGAGACUUGAGGAUCAACUUGUGCAGAAUUCAGAAGUCAGGAACCAAUUCUGUUAUUUUAUCAUUGAAGAAAUUGCAAAAGAAGGCAAGAAACCCGAUACGGGUGUAGUGUCGACACAUGAUCGGGGUGUCGACACCAUGCGCUAAACGUUCAGAAUCAGAUUCUGUUUCCUAUUUGGUGUCAACACAAUUAGGGAGAGCUUUGGGAGGCUGGUGGCAGCCCUCUUUGGGCACUCUUGGAGAUCAAGAUUGAGGUUUCAUCAACAAUAGAAGAUCAAGGAGUUCGAUUUCCUCAAAUUGGGUUUUGUUUUUCCUUGGGUUUUUAUUUAUUGUUUGAUAUUUGAAUGUUCAUAACUUUGAUUUCAUAUUUUAUUCUUUUUAUUAUGAACUGAUUUAUUCUACUAGGGUUACGAUGUAGCCUAAUCAAUUCAAUAUGGAUUU